AUGUUUCUGUGGAAGGCAUGUCAGAACAGUCUUCCCACUAAGGCAAAUCUGCACUGGCGGCAUUGUGCUCCUGACCCCCUGUGCCCAAUCUGUGAGAUACAUGAGGAAUUGGUGGGGCACAUCCUAUGGCACUGUUCGAAAGCAUUGCAAAAAUGUACAAGUGACGAUACCACCUUUAGGGAAGUUUUUGAAAGGCUAUGGGAGAAGCUAGAUGAUACCACUCUCCAACUCUUCACCACGGUAGCUCGCCUGAUCUGGUUCAGAAGGAAUAACUUGGUUCACGGUGGAAAUUUUUUAGCUCCUGCAGCUGUUUUAAAACAAGCACACGAGCAGAUUGCGAAUUUUGAAAAUGCCACAGCUUGCCGGCAAAACAGUACGAAUCAUUCUGGGCCAUCAAACAGGGAAGACAGAUGGGUGAAGCCGCUGGAGAACGUGGUGAAAGUGAAUUCGGACGCCUCCAUCUCAAAAGAACUGAACACGACGGGGGUGGGUGUCAUUCUCCGGAACCAUGAGGGGACUGUGCAAGCUUCCUUUUGUACUUAUAAAGAUGCUACAAUGGAACCCUCGUCGGUGGAGGCCAUGGCGGUGUGGUAUGCAACGGAGGUGUGUAGGAAGCUGGGAGUGCAAAACAUUAUUCUUGAAGGUGACGCAAUGGAGGUGGUCCAAGCUCUGCAACGUGAAAGUAUCUGGAGGGGAAGCUACUGCAUGUUCGUGGAGGAAGCUAAGAGAAACCUCCAUCAGCUCACGGGGUGGAGUGUAAACCAUGUUUUUAGACAAGCCAAUGUAACUGCCCAUAAUUUAGCAAAAUUUGCUAUUGUUACAAUCCUAGGUAGGAAACGCAGGACUAGUCCUAUUUUUCUACGUACCCAAGGUCCCGUUACGAGAUCUAUUACUCAGGCUCGUAACAACAUGGUAUCAGAGCAUGGUAUAUCUUCCGCAUCGUCUUCGCCUGCUGAGGAACGGCUAGAACGUUUGGAGACUAUUGUUGCAAACAUGAGUUCUAAGUUUGAUCAACUGCUAGAGGAUCGGCGCACCAACACUGAGAAUGGGUCUUAUAAUCGUAACGGAGGUCCACGGAUAACUCAGACAGGGUCGGGAAGCAAGGGAUCGACAAUCCCAAAAGUGGCUAAAUUGGAUUUUCCACGAUAUUGUGGAAACGAAGAUCCGACCAGUUGGAUUUACCGGGUCGAGCAAUUCUUUGAAUUUCAUGGAACAAACGAAGAGGACAAGCUAUCUCUGGCAGCCUAUCAUCUGGAUAGUGAUGCGCAGCUAUGGUACCAAAUCUUUCGUGGGGAAGAAAAGGAGCUCACGUGGGACACCUUGAAAGAAGGUCUCAAUGCCAGUGGGCUCAAAGACACCAUACGCACAGAGGUGCAAGCAUCACGACCUGCAAGCCUCACUGCGGCUGUAGGGCUGGCACGGCUGUACGAGGCCAAGCAACACGACCAACGUCGAGGACUGUUGUCGGAAAACCGGAGAAACCCCAACCUACCGCCCAUGCCAUCAUCGACGCUCACUCGGGCCAAGAAUCCUCAAAUAAAAAAACUCACACCAGAAGAGAUGAAAGACAGGAGGGAGAAGGGGUUGUGUUUUAAUUGUGAUGAAAAAUACUCACCUGGCCAUAGGUGUGCUAAGUUAUUCUGGCUUGAGCUGCAGAAUGAGGAGGAAGAACCCCACACUGGCAGGAGCAAUUUUGAUAAUCCAGAAAUUUUUGGGGAAGAGGAAGAACCUGCAAUUUCAUUACACGCUAUCACCGGAAUUCAGGGCCCUCGCACGAUGCGGUUGAGAGGCGUUGUGGGUUGCUGCAGAAUUGUGCUCCUUGUUGACAAUGGGAGCACACAUAAUUUCAUCAGUUCAGCCACAGCCCGGAAGUUGGGCAUCACAGCGGCGUUGACAGGGAAGAUGGAGGUGCUCGUGGCCAACGGAGAGAAGCUUUCAAGUGGGGGGGUCUGCCGAGGAGUAACCAUUUGUUUGGGGGAGUACCAAGUUACGAUGGUUUUUUAUGUGCUAGAAAUUGAAGGGUGUGAGGCUGUCCUUGGAGCCGUGUGGCUGAGAACAUUGGGACCCAUCUUGUGGGAUUUCUCUAACUUGUGGAUGAGUUUUAAGUGGGGAGGAAAUAAGGUCUUUUUGCAGGGAAUUUCAACACCUAAGGACAAGAUUGUGGAUGGGCCCAAUUUCCUUAAGUUGAUACGUGGGUGUCAUAGGGGUGCUGUGCUACAACUCAAGGUUGUCCAUUUGGGAGAUAAAAUAAUUAAGGAUGAAGAGGUAAACCCAGAUAUCCAGGUCCUGUUAAAGCAAUAUUCAGCUUUGUUUCAGGAGCCUAAAGGCUUACCCCCACCAAGGGCUCAUGAUCACAAAAUUCCAGUUAUAGCCGGUCAAGGCCCAGUUAGCAUUCGCCCUUAUCGGUAUCCGUUUUAUCAAAAGAACGAGAUAGAGAAGCAAGUCUCCAAUUUGUUGAGCUCCGGAGUAGUAAGAGUUAGCACAAGCCCAUACUCUUCGCCAGUACUAUUGGUAAAGAAACAUGAUGGAUCAUGGAGGUUAUGCGUAGACUACCGAGCUUUGAAUCAAAUCACAGUCAAAGAUAAAUUUCCCAUACCAGUGAUUGAUGAGCUUCUAGAUGAGUUACAUGGGGCCCAAGUUUUUUCAAAAUUGGACUUACGCUCCGGUUACCAUCAAAUUAGAGUCAAUCCAUCGGACAUUGAGAAGACCGCUUUUCGAACCCACCAUGGGCAUUAUGAAUUUCUAGUGAUGCCGUUUGGCUUAACCAAUGCUCCAUCAACUUUUCAGGCUUUAAUGAAUGAUAUCUUCCAAAAGGUACUUAGAAAAUUUGUUUUAGUUUUCUUUGAUGAUAUUUUAAUUUACAGCAAAAAUUGGGCAGACCACUUGCAUCACAUAGCUCAAGUUUUUGAGAUUUUACACACCCACCAACUAUUUGUGAGAAGAGACAAGUGUCAAUUUGGCAAAUCGGAAGUAUGUUACUUAGGUCACAUUAUUUCUCCUCAAGGGGUGUCAAUGGAUCCAAGGAAAAUUGAAUCAGUUAUGGGGUGGCCCAAGCCCACGUCUUUCAAGGAGCUUAGAGGGUUUCUAGGCCUCACAGGGUACUAUCGAAAAUUUGUUCGUGGAUAUGGUGCUAUUGCCAAACCCUUAACAGAGCUACUUAAGAAGAAUGCAUUUGAAUGGUCAUCUCUAGCAGAAGAAUCUUUCAACCGAUUAAAGUUGGCCAUGACCCAAGCUCCACUUUUGGCUCUACCGGAUUUUUCCAAACGCUUUGUUGUAGAAUGUGAUGCUUCGGGGAUGGGCAUUGGGGCUGUACUAUUACAAGAAAAUAGGCCCAUAGCCUAUUUUAGCAAAGCAAUUAAGGGGCGGGAGUUGGGCCUUUCUACAUAUGAGAAGGAAAUGUUGGCCCUAGUUUCGGCUGUCCAAAGAUGGAGACCUUAUUUAUUGGGCUCAAAAUUUAUUGUUCGCACGGAUCAAAAGAGCCUGAAAUUUUUAUUGAAUCAAACUAUAUCAACCUCCGCCCAACAAAAGUGGUUGGUGAAAUUAUUGGGGUAUGAUUAUGAAAUUGAGUACAAGCAAGGCAAAGAAAACUUAGUUGCAGAUGCUUUGUCUCGAAUAGAGGGCCCAAAAUCAUUGAUGGCUAUUUCUCACCCAGUUCCUCAUUGGCUUGAACCUAUCCAAAAGGAAAUCCAAUCAGAUCAUGAAUUGCAAGCUUUAGUGGUAAGAAUACAAGAAGGAGAGGCGGUGGGCCCAUGGAAAUUCAAAGAAGGCCUGAUUUUCUUUAAAGAGCGAGUGUAUCUGUUGAGCACUUCUUCUCUUAUUCAGCCCAUCAUUGCAGAAAUUCAUGGGAGCACACAUGAAGGUUUUUUCAAGACUAUGAAGAGGCUAAGGGCAGUGUUUUAUUGGCCUAAAAUGAAGGAGCACGUCAAGGCAUUCAUUAGACAGUGUGACGUGUGUCAACGACACAAAACAGAGACAACAAUGCCUUUAGGCCUCUUACAACCAUUGCCUAUCCCUACUAAGGUUUGGGCUGAAGUUUCAAUGGACUUCAUCGAUGGGUUACCUAAGUCUCAUGGAAAAUCGACUAUUUUGGUGGUUGUUGAUAGACUUACUAAAUAUGGCCAUUUCAUUCCUAUAAGUCAUCCUUAUACAGCUCCACAAGUCACUCGGGUUUAUUUUGACAAUAUCUUUAAAUUGCAUGGCAUGCCGGAAUCCAUUGUGUGUGAUAGGGAUCCAACGUUUACAAGUCGAUUUUGGACAGAACUGUUUUCACUCCAUGCGACUAAAUUCAAUUUUAGUUCAGCUUAUCAUCCGCAAACUGACGGACAGACCGAAGUUCUCAAUCGCACAGUUGAGAUGUACUUGCGAUGUUUAACAAGCUCGCAGCCUAAGGAAUGGGUUACUUGGCUUCCUUGGGUUGAAUUUUGCUAUAACACUAGUACCCAUUCAGCCCAUAAUCUUACUCCCUUUGAGUUGGUAUAUGGACGACCUCCUCCCACUUUAUUAUCAUAUGUAAAGGGCACGGCACUAGUAGAAGCUGUUGAAAAAAAAUUGGUGGAACGAGAUCAGCUUCUUAGGGAAGCACGGAUCUCCUUAUUGGAUUCUAAUUUGGGAAGAAACCCUUCUUAUGCUUGGCGUAGCUUAUGCAGAGCACGGACUAUUCUAGCUGAGGGGCUCAUAUGGCGAGUGGGUGAUGGAAAAUCUAUCAAGAUUUGGGAUGACUGCUGGCUCCCUUCAGGCAGAUUGCACCCGCCUGACUCUGAGACUCCAAACAGUGCCCGGGUAUGCGAUUUGAUUGACCAGGACAACAGAUGGUGGAAUGUUCAGAAAUUGCAUGACACAUUCUCGGAGAUGGAGGUGAAGAACAUAUGUAAUCUAGCUAUAUGUCCUGGAAGUUAG